AGAUCACUGUCAGCACACUCAUCCUCCCUUGAGAUCCAAAAUGCGCUUCUUGAUCGCCACUUGUCUCCUUGCGGCUGUCUGCCACGGCCAGUCCGUGAAGCCCGGCAGUUGCCCCGAAUUCACAACCAAGCUCGACUUCGAAAUCCCCCCUUACAUGGGCAAGUGGUAUGAAUUUGCCAGAUUUGCUACACCAGACCAGACUGACCAGACCUGCAACUACGCUGAAUAUUCCGACAACGGCAACGGCACAGUCGCAGUUCACAACGCAGGCCUGGGAGCUGAUGGUUCCUUCACAGAGAUCUAUGGCUGGGUCGAGCCCUCGGACGUGGGAGGGGCCCUUCUGCUGCAUCUCAACGGAGUGCCCGUCGUAGGAGACUACAACGUGCUGGAAACCGACUAUGAAGGCUACUCCUCUGUGUACUCCUGCCAAAGCCUCCUCGGUCUGGGUCACGUCGAACAGGCUUGGAUCCUCGCUAGGACGCCCACCCUCGAGCAGAGCCAAGUUGAUGCCGCCGUUGCAGCCUUCACGCGCUUCGGAAUCGACGUGGAUCAGUUCUUGACGACGCCACAGGAGAACUGCGUCUUUCCCUGAGGUGUUGGUGGGAUGAUCGCCAUCGCGAAAGGAAGCGCGGAGAGCUGCGUUGGUGUACCCGCAUGUUGAGGUCGUGUUAUGUGCUACUUAAUUUAUUAAUUAUUUAUGAAGCUAAAUAUAUCAUAUAACAAAUGUA